GCGAAACGUUCGGAAGAGCGGACGUCUCGGAUAUUUACAGAUUUCCUGUUAUAUUUCGUAAAAACUUUUAGUGACGACGUAAAGAAUAUUUCGUGCUAGUUUACGUUUUUAUCGUGCGAGUGUUAUUUAAACCAAGAGUACAACCAAAUGCGGAGUCAACGGUAAUCAGAGCUUCGCGUCGCCACGAUGCGACAUAACUUAUUCAUCCUUACUGUUAUUUACAUCAUUGUAAAAGAUGUUUCGGGGAGCUGGGAAGAAUGGUGGACUUACGACGGAAUUUCAGGACCAGGUUUUUGGGGGCUAAUAAAUCCCCAAUGGAGUAUGUGCAACAAAGGCAGACGUCAGAGUCCCAUCAACAUUGAGCCAGAUAAACUACUGUUCGACCCAUGGCUACGAGAUGUACAAUUUGAUAAACAUAAGGUGAGCGGAGUUCUCCAAAACACAGGACAAUCUCUGGUGUUCCGAGUGGAAAAAGAUUCAAAGCACCAAGUGAAUAUAAGUGGCGGUCCUCUCUCAUAUAGGUACCAGUUUGAAGAGAUUUACUUCCACUAUGGCCUGGAAGACGUCAGAGGUUCUGAACAUCAGAUUGAUCAUCACACAUUCCCGGGUGAGAUCCAGUUAUAUGGGUUCAACAAAGAACUAUACCACAAUAUGUCUGAAGCUCAACACAAGUCUCAGGGUGUGGUGGGAAUUUCUUUAAUGGUCCAGAUUGGUGAACCAACUAAUAAAGAACUAAGGCUAAUUACAAGUGCAUUUAAUAAAGUCAUGUUCAGAGGUAGCUCCUAUCCCAUUAAACACCUGCCUCUGAGUUCUUUACUACCGAACACUCAGCAAUAUCUGACUUACGAAGGCUCCACCACUCAUCCGGGAUGCUGGGAAACUGCCGUUUGGAUCAUCUUCAACAAACCAAUAUAUAUUUCAAAACAGGAGAUGUACGCAAUUCGUCGACUAAUGCAAGGCUCACAACUGACUCCGAAGGCUCCACUGGGAAACAAUGCACGACCUGUGCAGCCUCUGCACCACAGAACCGUGAGGACAAACAUCAACUUCAACAAGCAAGGAUUUCCGGUAUCAAGCAAUUGUCCUGACAUGUACCGGAAUAUGCAUUAUACAGCAACUCAAUGGCCACGAGAGCACAGCAUGCGGUACAGAAGCGCCGAUGACUUAGCAAUGCUUUCUACAAAUUAAGUUUACACCAAAUUGUUAUUUCUUCAAAUUAAAAAAAUUAUUGAAAGUAUAAGCGUCAAUUAGGCAGAAUAGAAAUUUUGAUAUAGAUUUAAUUUAUAUUUCAUUUCUUUGAAUAAAAAAGCAAACUGUAUUUACUGUAUAAUACUUACUGUCUUCGACAACCAUUGAUCAUUUUCUGGUUGACCGAGCUAAUCAAACUACAAACUAUGUAUUUCGAUGAAUUUGCAACAUAGAAAUGUUCUGCGCUCCAACUAGAUACUGCAGGCGUAGUCGCAAAGUGCGGCAACUAAUACUACUCGAGCCAGUCUCGAUCAAUGUGUGACGUUGACGUGCCACAUGUUCUGUUAAAAUUUUUAACUUUUCAAAGUAAAUCAAAUUCAAUUAAUAUUAAAGGAAUGAUUUCAAAAAUCAAAUUGGAAUCUCGAAGAUUAUUUUAAAUUACAGACACAUUAAGAUAUUUAUAACGUCCAAUGAGUAAUAUUAUGCCAAUAAAUAUAUGAUAUAGUUCAUUAAAUAUUUAUUGUAAUAUAAUAACUAUUUAAAACAAGUGCUGUAGGAAUGCUUUAUUAGUGCAUAGACUUUACUCGAUGAAUACGUAAUAAAAUUAUAAAAUUAGCAAUGAAUUUUUUUUAUGAAAUAAAGGAAGAGACUAGCAGGACCUUCAGCUGAUGGUAAUUGAUACGCCCUGCCUAUUACAUGCCGAUCAAGAAUAUUGAAAACCCCAAAAAUUCUGAGGGGCACUACAAAUGCGCUCGUCCCCAUGGGACAUAAGAUAUCAAGUCUCAUUUGCCCAGUAAUUACACUAGCUACAGCGCCCUUCAGUUCGAAACACAGUAAUGCUUACACAUUACUGCCUCACGGCAGAAAUAGGCGCCGUUGUGGUUCCCAUAAUCUAGCCGGCAUCCGGUGAAAAAAGAGCCUCCCACUGGUAUGGUACUGGUACUUAUCAAUGUAAAUAUAAAACUAUCGCUUCAAUGUAAUGUUUUGAAUGAAUAAUAGUAAUUGAAGUCCAUAUUAAUAUAGUCACUUUAAACUUAAUAUGUACUCAAAGACGAGUGGUCGAGAUUGACUGUUAUAAUAUAUGUGUAAUAAAUACUAAUAGUAGGUCGCAUUUUUUGUUCUCCCAGUACCUACAACGCAGUCUCGACAUCUAGUCCCUAGAAAUAUGCUAGGGUUGUCACAAAAACUUGUAUUGUAAGAUGUAGAAGAUAUUUUUUGCAUAAACUGUAAAAUAAAUAAUUAUUUUAUUAUUAUAAUAUAAUAUAAGCCAACUCCAGAUCCAUUGUCAUAUAAAUCGAAACCAUUAAUCUUUUUACACGCUUUUUAUUAGGUUCACCUGUAUGUAUGUUUGUUUGUAACUGGGCACGAUUUUCGCGUUCUUUAAACAGACAGAUUUCGUUCAAACUUCAUAGAUUUAUCAAGGACUGAUGACAAUACAUUAAUUUGAUAAAAUUGUUCCAUUUUUCAAAUUGCAAAAUAUGAUUUUUGAUAUUUUAUAUAAUUUUCAUCUAUCCUCUAUAAGGCAGGAAUUGCCUUAUUUUUAAUUUUCUUCUCUAUUUUUUAGUUCGGUUUUCUAUAAAAAGCGUGUUUUUUAGUUUUUUUUAACUACAACCUAUUUGUUUUCUGUUAAAUCUUAUUUUUAAAUAAAUUAGGUAUAGAUCCAAACAACGAUGUAAAAUUGGUCAUUAUAAUUAUUAAUAAUUAAAUUCUAUUAUUUUUUUAUUGUUUAAAUUAGCGUCAAAUACAUUUAAAUAUGUACAACAAUUGAAAAUACAAAAUCCUAGUAUGGUUUUUUAAUAAAUUAAAAAAAAUGUUCUAAAACUAGUAAUUUUAGUAAAAUAUAUAAAUAAAAAAUAUAUCAUUAAUAAUUUAUCAUUUAAAUUCGAGCCUGUAAAUAUUACGUGUAUCAUAUUGCAAUAAUAAGAAAAAAAAUCAAUAAAUUCGUUCAUAUUAUAAUCACUUUUGUGAAAAUGAAGCCGCAACGCACAAAUAUGUCUAAUCAAUCAAUAUCAACUAACGGUCGUUCUAAAUAUUCAGUCUAUCUCUUACUUGAGAUAAAAAUUGUAACUAUCGUUGACUUUUCUGUCCCAAUAAACUUAUCGACGGUAAUUCACCUUAUCCUAACACGCUGUCUGUUAAUGGGACGACGUAUAGCUUACCAGCGAUAGUUAUAAGUUUGUAUGGAAAUUUCAAUUCACGCGUCCCAUUAUAAGGCGAUAAGAAUGACUUAUCGGGUAUAUUGUGACAGCUUCAGAUUAUUGAAUGCUAAUUACUGACAGUAGAAGGUAGUCAUUUAUCUCUAUCUGUAGAUAGUAUAUUGGGAACGGCCGUGAGUAGACAUCUAGGGUUUUAAUUCUAAUUUUUAAGGCUUUUUCCAUACAAAAUUGCGAGAAACUGGAUAAUAUUGUAGUUAAAAUCUUAGACAUACGUCUGUAUAGACAUAGUCCAGCUGUGAAAACGUCGAAAAAAAAUUGAUUAUUUAUUUAUUUAUUUCUCUAUUUUAUUCUCUACCAACCCUUUUGUGGAGCCGGUGAAUCUCUUAUCCUCAAUGCCCUAAGGAAUUAAGAAAUGCUGGAAGCAGCCAAUCACUGGUCCCGUCUACCAGGCUUUCGGUAGGCUCAGAUGCUCCUAGGCAACUAUCAGAGUGCCAAACAAUGCAUAAGCUUGGACAGAAGACAACUGAGAUUUACUGAGUUGGCGGCGGUGAUCACUUAACACCAGGUUACCCGUAUGCUCCUUUGUCCUCCUUCUCCGUAAAAAAAAUGCUCAUAUGCCUUUCAAAAGCCUUAUAAAAUACUUUCGUGUUUUCUUAGAUACUGUCCCUAAAAUUAACGUUAGAAGGCCCAUAUAAUCAACGCGUGAGAAAACUAAAUGUAAUAAUAUUCUUUUUGUCAAACUGCUAGAAACGCUGCAUCAAUGUGUCAUUUGAAUUGAGACACUGUGUAAAGAAUAGAUGGUGUAACGUCCUUUUAAGUGUAAACUUAACUCUGAAUAUCAAAUUUACCAAUGUUAAUUGAUUUAAAUGCUUAAUAAUAAGACGGAUUAACACAAUCAAAUCAUUCAGAAAUUUAACUUUACUUAAGACGUUAUUUUCAUUUUAAAUUGUACAUAAAAGCGUAUGUAAAUAUAAUAGAUUACAUAACAAUGCUUAUGACUAGAAGUAAAAUUAAACUUUAAGUUGUUAUGCAUAAUGUUCUUUAUGCAUUACUGUUAAGAUAGUUUACAUAUUGUAUAAACAACUAAUAGAUCUUAGUCUUACUUAGAUAAAGAUUAGACGCGUAAAUUCAAAAUUGUAAUCAUUAUAGAAAGAUUGCGUAAUUCUGUUAAUUUUAAUUCCAUAAUUCUAUUAUUUUUAUUUAAUUGACUAUCCAAUUUGCGUAAUUAAUUAUAUGUUUUAUGUUUGUAUACUAGUUUUGGAUUUAGUCAAUGUUUAAUUAUUGUCAAAAUUUUCAAAUUGGAUAACAGAUAUUCCUGUGUUACUGAUUUUUACUCACUGAUUUAUGUAUUUUAAAUAUUAAUUGCAAUAGUAUUCUAAUAAUUGUUAAUUAGUGAAAUACUUGCAUCAUAUUUGAUUUUUUCGUAAUUUAUAAGUAAUGUUGUAGUGCAUAGUGAAAUGUACUGGAAAAUAUAUUAUUUAUGACAAA